GACCCAGGGCCCGAUGCUCUCCCCAGCGACCUCUGGAGUGGGGGUGGAGGAGGGAGCCUGAGCCUCUUGCCUGCCUCCCCACGCCCAUUUGGCCUCAACCGCCUGCCAUCUUCCCUUCCUUCUUUCCUGUCUUCCUUCUUUUGGUCUUUGUCCUCCUUGGGUCUCUGCUCCUCACCCAAGGUUCAGUGUAGACACUGGUGGCCGCCGGUAAAGGGGAGCCGGAUGUACCAACGUGCCCCCCAGAAGGCGGUAGUUUAGCUACAGUGAAGUCAACCACCUUGAUUGGGCUAGGGGGUGGGGGGUGAGUAAGGGAGUCUGGGUGAGUGGAUUGGUGGAGAUCACCUGGCCCUAACCCCAGUGUAGUCCCUGGAGCCUCAGCACCUUUUGCCCCCCUUUAGCACUGAGGGGGAUCAGAGGCAAGGGCCACUGUCUCUGGGUCAAGCUGGCGCAGUGAGUCUUGGUUGAGAGAUUUAACAGGGCUGGCUUCUCAGCCUUCUGAAAUUGAACCUCUUUGGGUUCUGAUAAACACCCAUGUGCAAAUCACAUGCAAAUCAGCUUUGCAAAUUCUUAGCCAAUAGCUUGUGCCCAUCUUAUUCAGGGCAUGGUAACUCUUGCAAAGGAAAGAGGCAGCAUCUCAGCGCCAGCAGCUCCUCCAUAUCACUCUCAAUCACUCCAUUUUACCAGUUACGGAAACAAGCUCAGAGAGGUGCAGUGACUUGCCCGUGGUAACACAGCACUACAACUUCUAGGACGUAGAAUGCAAUAACCCUUGAAGUGCCUUUCAACCCAGAGAUGUAGGUUCUAACAUCAUUAUUCAGUGCAAGCAAUUUAUACCCUUUAAAGUAUGCCCCAGUCCUCCUCCUUUGGAAAAGGCAGCCUGUGUCCAGAACCAGCUUGAGGUGACUACGCAGGGUGAGCCAGCUUUCCAAGCCUCACCAUCAUCUUGCUCAGAUGGAAGUAAUCAUCUCCAUCCUGCUUCCCCAAAAUGCCAUGAAGCUGAAAGACUUGGAAAACUUCAAUCAGCAAAUAUGGAGAUGCGCUGGCAGCUGAGCGAGCAGCUGCGCUGCCUGGAGCUGCAGGGUGAGCUGCGGCGGGAGCUGCUGCAGGAACUGGCAGAGUUCAUGCGGCGCCGCGCUGAGGUGGAGCUGGAGUACUCCCGGGGCCUGGAAAAGCUGGUCGAGCGCUUCUCCAGCCGUGGAGGCCGCCUGGGUAGCAGCCGGGAGCACCAAAGCUUCCGGAAGGAGCCGUCACUCCUGUCGCCCUUGCACUGCUGGGCAGUGCUGCUGCAGCAUACGCGGCAGCAGAGCCGGGAGAGCGCGGCCCUGAGCGAGGUGCUGGCCGGGCCCCUGGCCCAGCGCCUGAGUCACAUUGCGGAGGACGUGGGGCGCCUGGUCAAGAAGAGCAGGGAUCUGGAGCAGCAGCUGCAGGACGAGCUCCUGGAGGUGGUCUCAGAGCUCCAGACGGCCAAGAAGACGUACCAGGCAUAUCACAUGGAGAGCGUGAAUGCUGAGGCCAAGCUCCGGGAGGCCGAGCGGCAGGAGGAGAAGCGGGCAGGCCGGAGUGUCCCCACCACCACUGCUGCUGCCACUGAGGCAGGGCCCCUCCGCAAGAGCUCCCUCAGGAAGGGAGGGCGGCUGGUGGAGAAGCGGCAGGCCAAGUUCAUGGAGCACAAACUCAAGUGCACAAAGGCGCGCAACGAGUACCUGCUUAGCCUGGCCAGCGUCAACGCCGCUGUCAGUAACUACUACCUGCAUGACGUCUUGGACCUCAUGGAUUGCUGCGACACAGGGUUCCACCUGGCCCUGGGGCAGGUGCUCCGAAGCUACAUGGCUGCUGAGAGCCGCACCCAAGCCUCCCAAGUGCAGGGCCUGGGCAGCCUGGAAGAAGCCGUGGAGGCCCUGGAUCCUUCAGGGGACAAGGCCAAGGUUCUCGAGGUGCAUGCUACCAUCUUCUGUCCCCCGCUGCGCUUUGACUACCACCCCCAUGAUGGGGAUGAGGUGGCUGAGAUCUGCGUUGAAAUGGAGCUGCAGGACGAGAUUCUGCCCAGAGCCCAGAACAUCCAGAGCCGCCUGGACCGACAGACCAUCGAGACGGAGGAGGUGAACAAGACACUGAAGGCGACACUGCAGGCCCUGCUGGAGGUGGUGGCCUCGGAUGACGGGGAUGUGCUCGACUCCUUCCAGACCAGCCCCUCCACCGAGUCCCUCAAGUCCACCAGCUCAGACCCAGGCAGCCGGCAGGCAGGCCGGAGGCGUGGCCAGCAGCAGGAGACCGAAACCUUCUACCUCACGAAGCUCCAGGAGUAUCUGAGUGGACGGAGCAUCCUCGCCAAGUUGCAGGCCAAGCACGAGAAGCUGCAGGAGGCCCUUCAGCGAGGUGACAAGGAGGAGCGGGAGAUGUCUUGGACCCAGUACACACAGAGAAAAUUCCAGAAGAGCCGCCACCCCUGCCCCAGCUCCCAGUAUAACCAGAGACUCUUUGGGGGAGACAUGGAGAAGUUUAUCCAGUGCUCAGGCCAGCCUGUGCCCCUGGUGGUGGAGAGCUGCAUUCGCUUCAUUAACCUCAACGGCCUGCAGCACGAAGGCAUCUUCCGGGUGUCGGGUGCCCAGCUCCGGGUCUCAGAGAUCCGUGAUGCCUUCGAGAGAGGUGGGGACGGGCAGGGCGGGCAGGGCUGGGGGCUCGGGCAGACGUUACCAGCUUCCUCCCCCCACUGCACCACUCGCCUGUCUGCAGGGGAGGACCCACUGGUGGAGGGCUGCACUGCCCACGAUCUGGACUCGGUGGCCGGGGUGCUGAAGCUCUACUUCCGGAGCCUGGAGCCCCCACUCUUCCCCCCAGACCUGUUCAGCGAGCUGCUGGCUUCUUCGGAGCUGGAGGCCACGGCAGAGAGGGUGGAGCACGUGAGCCGCCUGCUAUGGCGGCUGCCCGCGCCAGUGCUGGUGGUUCUGCGCUACCUCUUCAACUUCCUCAACCACCUGGCCCAGUACAGCGAUGAGAACAUGAUGGACCCCUACAACCUGGCCGUGUGCUUUGGGCCCACGCUGCUACCGGUGCCCGCUGGGCAGGACCCGGUGGCGCUGCAGGGCCGGGUGAACCAGCUGGUGCAGACGCUCAUACUGCAGCCAGAUCGGGUCUUCCCGCCCCUGACCUCACUGCCUGGCCCCGUCUACGAGAAGUGCAUGGCACCGCCUUCCGCCAGCUGCCUGGGGGAUGCCCAGCUGGAGAGCCUGGGGGCGGACAACGAGCCGGAGCUGGAAGCUGAGAUGCUUGCCCAGGAGGAUGACCUGGAGGGGGUUGUGGAGGCUGUGGCCUGCUUUGCCUACACGGGCCGAACGGCCCAGGAGCUGAGCUUCCGGCGGGGGGACGUACUGCGGCUGCACGAGAGGGCCUCGAGCGACUGGUGGCGGGGGGAGCACAAUGGUGUGCGGGGCCUCAUCCCCCACAAGUAUAUCACACUGCCUGAGGGGGCAGAGAAGCAGGUGGUGGGCGCAGGGCCGCAGACUGCAGGGGAGUCUGGGAGCAGUCCUGAGGGCCUCCUGGCAUCAGAGCUGGUUCACCGGCCAGAGCCAUGCAUCUCACCCGAGGCCGUGGGACUCUCUGGACAUAGACGACGCUGCUUGGUCCCAGCCUCCCCGGAGCAACACGUGGAGGUGGAUAAGGCCGUGGCACAGAACAUGGACUCUGUGUUUAAGGAGCUCUUGGGAAAGACCUCUGUCCGCCAGGGCCUCGGGCCAGCAUCUGCCACCUCUCCCAGCCCUGGGCCCCGAAGCCCAAAGGCACCGGCCGGCAGCCGCCUGGGCAAAAACAAAGGCUUCUCCCGGGGCCCUGGGGCCCCAGCCUCACCCUCAGCAUCCCACCCCCAGGGCCUGGACACAACCCCCAAGCCACACUGAGGUGCUGCUGCUGGAGCUGUGUGCCCCAGGCGGCUACCCCCUGGACCGGCCACUCUCCCCAGCCCUCUUGCUUCUCUCCAACCCUGUCCAGCAAGUUCAGGGUGCCUGCACUUCACCCUGUGCAGAGGUGGGAUGGGGCCGCACAUGCAGGGAUGCCCACUCCACAGCCUGCCUGCCUCUCAGCCCUGGCCCAGACCCCUUUUGGAGGCUGGGGAAAGCCCUCUUCUGCGACUUUGUGGAGGGCUGGUCAGUGGCUGCUGGGUGGCAGGUGCCCUUGCUCAGAUGCCUGGCAGGGCUGGGUGGUGAUUCAUAAAGACCUCGUGUUGAUUCCCU